CCCUUUGUUUCCCUAUUCAAAUUAGUCUCUGCACAGCCUUCCUUCUGUUCUUUCUUCCUCUUCAAAUUUUGGUAAAACAGAUUGAUUAAUUAAGAUGCAGGAACAGAAUAAGAUGAAGGUGAAGAAAGGCUGGCUGGCGGUGCAAGUUGGGCUAGAAGACGAAGACGGCGGAUUCCGGCGUUUUGUCAUCCCAAUAUCGUACCUCGACCACCCUAUCUUCCGGCGGCUUUUGGAGAAAGCUCAUGAGGUUUAUGGGUAUCAUGCCCCUGGCCCGCUCAGGCUGCCGUGUUCCGUCGAUGAUUUCCUCCAUCAGCGGUGGCGGAUCGAGAAGGAGACGGCUAACUACAGCCAGCACCACCACUAUCACUAUCAUCUUCCCAGCUCCUUGUCCUUCCGUGCUUGUUGAUCAACGUCGUGUGGACCAGUAUUGCAGUGUAUCUUAAUCUUUACUGAGAGGCCCUUUUUAUGGCUUAGAUCAGAUUCAGGAAUUUCUAAUCACAGGAGAAAGAGAUUUAAUCACCGAUUGAAAGUCCCUUUUUCCUGUAAUGUUGUUGGCUUUGCCUAAUUUUAGAAAUAAUGCACUACCAGAUAGUUCUGCAGCUGAAAUCUCCCUUUUUCAUUUUUUUUUUAAUUUAUAAAUGUUAAAACAGGCAGGAAAUUUUAAUAUAAAACUGUCUGUCAUAAGUACUUGAAAGGAAUAGAAAUCGUUAUUGUCUUAAUAUUUA